GCUCAAUUGCAUCUCCUCGUGCAGUUUCCAGUGCUUAACAUUUCCGAUCCAAUCAGGGAUGAGCACUUGGUGAUGCGACAGAAGGAAUUUAUCUUUUGCCUCCAGCGAAACUUACUUAGCCCUCACGUAAGUUUACAUUGUUCUGGUGAAAUUUUAGCCGGGAGGAAAAGGGGAGAAGAAUUUGACCUGUCGUUUGCUACAGUUCUGAAGUCCUCCUCCCAGGUCUUCAUAGUUUUUUCUUACCAAUAAUGGUUACGCGACGACUGCGAACUACCGCUAUAUUGCUACUCAGCAAAUUUAUAAAUUUAGGCAUAUCUAAAGGCGGAGCUUGCAUUCAGAAACCAUUAUUUAGAAUACUGAAUUCUUUCAAGUCGUUAGUUUAGCGUUCGAAUUCUUGACAAAGGCAACGUGGACAUAAAAACGAUCUCUAGACUAAUAAACAGUUAACAGACUCUUGCGGCAAACCUCUGUGCCCUGCUGCUGGAUGGAUUUAAGAAACUGGUCUGCCAAGUGCUACAAUCAAUUAUACAUUCAGAAAGGGAAGCAUCCUGAAAGAGUUUCUAGUUUGUAGGCUAGUUUGUUCAAUACUCGUUCAGAUCACCUGUGUUGUCAAAACUUGUUUCAUUAAAAAAUCUCCCAGAAACCUUAUAGGCAUUUUUUUAAAAGAGCUUUAUAACUUUGACAAUUUUAUACGUAGAAGACUGACAGACAACAACAAGAUAAAAUUUGCCAUAAAAUAUCUUCCCAUGUCACAUCUAAGGUAAUGACGUCAUCAAUCACGUGACUAUCGCCGAAUUAGUUUUGUGACAAGAUUUCAUUAACGAGUUAAAAACAAAAAGGAUAUUUGAGGUUUUAGAUGUGUUCGGCUUUUAAAAAUAACCAGUUGACGUCCGGCAUUUAAAAUUUAAGGAGGUAAUGCAGCCUAGUCCCCAGGCGUUUUCGGCUCGGUCAUUCCUGGACUCUACCAUGAGCUGUGACGUCACAGAGAGAUACUCGCCGAGUACGCCUAGCCAAUAUUGGCAGAUCAAAUAUGGCGGCCUUUUCUGUCAGGUUACUGCAACUUCAGCAGGUAGCUGAAAAUCCGUCUUUGGAAGUUUAGGUUUCUUAAAUAAGGAUCCGCAAAACCAAGUUUUGUUCAACUGAAGCGGACUUUCUGAACUUUCACGCGCAGCAACUUGUAUCAGACGAUCGAUGAACUUCUUUCUUCAAUUUGUGCCAAUGAAUCUCUACACGAGGAGUUCAGGUUACAGACUGUCGUCGAAACCCUGUAAACGAGAAAACAAGGCAAACGUGCAUAUAUUGUCAAAACAUGCUUCGUUACGGCAUUUCUGGGCAUCUGCAAGCAUUUGCUAACGUUUUAAAACGACACAUUAAAAGUGUCUCUCCGAAAAAAAAAGAAAUACAAAAGGUAGGUGCUGUCGGUUUUGAUUCAAUUCGAAAUGUAUAUUUUUUUUACUAAAGUGGCGGUUUCCAACGAAAAACGGCACAUCCUUCUUCAGCUUUCUUACGUUUCUCACGAAAUACAGAUAUUGAGUUCCUACAUGGGUGUCUCGAUACCGCACUUAAAUUUUUGACAGCUAAAAUUGUAUAUAGUACAUUAAGCUUAAGUUUUAUUGUUAGAUAAAAGGUUCGAUUUUCAGUGUUUAAACAUUGAACCCUGGAGGAUAUAAACGAUACUGUGUAAACCCUACUGGUAUGGUUAUUGAACUGUUGUGUGCCUAUAGAUAUAUUCAUAACUUUAUAGAGCUAUUGUUGGCAAUAAGCAAACCCUACUUUAGGAGAAACAGAUGUCACAAUGAAUUGCACUUAAAAACCUGCUUUAUCUAACAUUGCAUUUUUGAAUUGAAAGAGUCAUGAACUUGGACAGCAGUUAUUCCUUUCUUCCCUUCUCUCUCUCCCUACAGGCUUCUCUUCCUCUGCCAUGCCACCAGAGUUUGGUUCCUUUGAGAUAUGUCCAGAAAUGCACGCAUUGGCGAAAAUGGCAAAAAUGGCAAUUAAUCGCCAAAAUCGCCAAACUAUAAAUAAAAAUUCAAAUGAGAUGGCAAAGGGGCCCUUUGCCAAGUGGCGAUUUCGGCGAAAAUGGCGUAUUUGGCGAAAAUGGCAGAAAUGGCAAUUAAUCGCCAAAAUCGCCAAACUAUAUAAUAAACAAAAAUUCAAAUGAGAUGGCAAAGGGGCCCUUUGGAAAGUGGCGAUUAUGGUGAAAAUGGCAGAAAUGGCGCUUAAUCGCCAAAAUCGCCAAACUGUAAACAAAAAUUCAAAUGAGAUGGCAAAGGGGCCCUUUGCCAAGUGGCGAUUUUGGCGAAAAUGGCGUAUUUGGCGAAAAUGGCAGAAAUGGCAAUUAAUCGCCAAAAUCGCCAAACUAUAAUAAACAAAAAUUCAAAUGAGAUGGCAAAGGGGCCCUUUGGAAAGUGGCGAUUAUGGCGAAAAUGGCGUAUUUGGCGAAAAUGGCAGAAAUGGCGCUUAAUCGCCAAAAUCGCCAAACUGUAAACAAAAAUUCAAAUGAGAUGGCAAAGGGGCCCUUUGCCAAGUGGCGAUUUUGGCGAAAAUGGCGUAUUUGGCGAAAAUGACAGAAAUGGCAAUUAAUCGCCAAACUAUAUAAUAAACAAAAAUUCAAAUGAGAUGGCAAAGGGGCCCUUUGGAAAGUGGCGAUUAUGGCGAAAAUGGCAGAAAUGACGCUUAAUCGCCAAAAUCGUCAAACUGUAAACAAAAAUUCAAAUGAGAUGGCAAAGGGGCCCUUUGGAAAGUGGCGAUUUUGGCGAAAAUGGCGUAUUUGGCGAAAAUGGCAGAAAUGGCAAUUAAUCGCCAAAAUCGCCAAACUAUAAACAAAAAUUCAAAUGAGAUGGCAAAGGGGCCCUUUGGAAAGUGGCGAUUUCGGCGAAAAUGGCGUAUAUGGCAGAAAUGGCAAUUAAUCGCCAAAAUCACCAAACUGUAAACAAAAAUUCAAAUGAGAUGGCAAUGGAGCCCUUUGGAAAGUGGCGAUUUCGGCGAAAAUGGCGUAUUUGGCGAAAAUGGCAGAAAUGGUAAUUAAUCGCCAAAAUCACCAAACUGUAAACAAAAAUUCAAAUGAGACGGCAAUGGGGCCCUUUGGAAAGUGGCAAUUUUGGUGAAAAUGGCGUAUUUGGCGAAAAUGGCAGAAAUGGUAAUUAAUCGCCAAAAUCACCAAACUGUAAACAAAAAUUCAAAUGAGAUGGCAAUGGGGCCCUUUGGAAAGUGGCGAUUUUGGCGAAAAUGGCGUAUUUGGCGAAAAUGGCGGAAAUGGUAAUUAAUCGCCAAAAUCACCAAACUGUAAACAAAAAUUCAAAUGAGAUGGCAAAGGGGCCCUUUGGAAAGUGGCGAUUUCGGCGAAAAUGGCAUAUUUGGCGAAAAUGGCAGAAAUGGCGCUUAAUCGCCAAAAUGUCAACAAAAAUUCAAAUGAGAUGGGAAAGGGGCCCUUUGGAAAGUGGCAAUUUCGGCGAAAAUGCCAGAAAUGGCGAUUAAUCGCCAAACUGUAAACAAAAAUUCAAACACGAUGGCAAAGGGGCCCUUUGGAAAGUGGCGAUAUUGGCAAAAAUGGCGUAUUUGGCGAAAAUGGCGGAAAUGGCGAUUAAUCGCCGAAAUCGCCAAAUUAUAAACAAAAAUGCAAAUGAGAUGCCAAAGGGGCCCUUUGGAAAGUGACGAUUUUGGCGAAAAUGGCGUGCACUAAUCUUGUAUCUUUUUAUCAGCCACAAAUAAAAAAAAAAAUUAGAGUGCAUGUUGGCCUCGUUCUUAAAACGUGUUUUGGCAGAAAUGGUAAUUACUCGAUGAAAUACCUAAUUUGUCAAGACAAAUUGAAAUGACAUAUCAAAGGGUCCCUUUUGAAAUGGCUAUUAGUAUAGGUAAUAGCAUGAUUUGUAGUGAUAUUUGGCAUAAAUACCAUGAGUGAUAUUUUGAAAUUGUUGUACGUAAUUUUACGAGCUGUUAAGCGAGUAAAAUUUGAGACAAUUUUGAAAUAUCACAAUUGGUGUUUAUGCCAAAUAUCACGUACUGAAUCAUGCUAUUAUUUGUUUAUACCACUACCCACAAAAGGUGUGUAAUUUUCACAUGUAGGUAUUUCAAAUUAAGCUGAAAUACCACUGCUCUAAGCCAAUAAAAUUGCAGAAAUUUCUCAUGUAGUAGUAUAAAUUGCCAAAUAGUUAACCACAUAUUAAUAUAAAAAAUGUUUCCAAUAGUAUAAUUGUACACUAAUAAUGACAACGCUACUGUAACUUAAGUGUCAAUAAUCUGUUUUUAAUGCUUUUACCUUUAAUUGAUAACCUCUCGUGAUUUGAAAUUCGUCCCAGACAAGAGUGUUUGGUCGGGAAUUACCACUUAUAACUAUAAAUUUCUUGCUCAAUUCAAAUCGAAUGGCCAACGAGUUGUAUUCGAUUAUCAGUAAAUGGUAAUCUUCGUAAUGUUCAUGGCAACGUUCUUACCAAAAACUCCAAGAUAGGUAUCCUUAAUUUUCCCGGCUUGUAGGCAUUGUUUGAAUAGCGACAGUUCAACAUUAUAUGUUAUGAGGAAUCCAGGUUGAUUCUUGGCUACGCAUUCAGAUAAUUAGAUGGUCCGUAUUGCCUUGUAUAUCCAUCCUGUUUGUUAUAAUGGCGUUCAAUCGUACAAGUAUAUAUAAACGAGCUGGUUCAUUGCAGUUUCACAGAACAUGAACGUGUAAGGUUUAGUAGUUGUUAUAUAGACGCAGCGGCCAUGUUGAAAUAGUCGAUUUUGGAUAACUACUUUAUGUAAGUGGAAACGAUUAGUGUCAUUCCCAGCCGACUUUGGUGGUCACUCUAUGUAAGCAAAACGAUUAAUGUCGUUCACAGGGACUCUCGGGCAAUUGUUAAAAUAGAAGGUAAAAAGGCCGGGUGACGUGUUUCGACGAGCAUUAGCAUUAGCAAUUUAAUGGAACACAUAUUGUACUGAGAAUUGGUUUGGUGGUCUCAGCGCAAAAAAACAAUACAUUUUCUAAAUUUCUGGCCCCACCUCAUAAAGCAAUGAUGGGACACAUUUUUUAAGAACGAGACAAACAUGUACACUCUCUUUUUAUAUAUCUAGGUUGAUGAAAAGAUACAGAAUUAGUUUGAAUGGGAUAUGUUUUAUGAAAGAGACAAACAAGUUAUUACUUUGAUCCAAUGUUUAUGUUCAAUAAAUGCGGUGAAGUAUUGGGCACAAGUGACAUUUCGUGCAGGUUUACAUAAAUCGGAAAUAAGCGAAUUCACACAUUUCAAAAUGGCGCAUGCAAGCUGCUGGACAUUUCGGCUUUCGUUACUUUUAGGGGACCGUUUCUCUAAAGAGCAAAACAAGUAAGUGCGAGAAGAAAGUGAAGAGUUUAAAACGACGGAAGAAGAUAAUGUGUAUAGUGGAGAACCAAAAAAGAAUCAAGGGCACACAAUGGUUAUCGUGAAAGCAUCUUUUAGCCAGGAACCAUGCGUUUAGCAAUCGCUUUUGAUUUAAGGCUGCCUCACAAUUUAAUGGAACCAAUGUGAAGAGAAUUGUAACCAGUGAGGAUUGGUAAGGUCUACAUCGAACCUCAAAAGUUGGAGUGUCCAUGGCAAGGAAUUAUUAUGAUUUCAAGGACUUGGUAGUUCUCUCCUCGAGUAAUUAGGUGACUUGUAUGUCUUUGAAAUGAAUGAACCAUACAAAAGCAAAUGAUGCUAGUGUGAUAUUUCAGCGCAUCACAUCACUUUUGGUAAGUCAAGCGACAUCGAAAGUAAGGAAAUGUUUACUUAACCUGUGAAGUACAUGGCACAAAUACAUAUUAGCUUAACUGAAACGACUUCCAUUUGUUGUUUUCAGAUAUAUUUGAUUCACUUGUAUUUAAUAAAAUAAUGUUGUUUGACAGUUAGGUAAAGCUGUUUUGUCAUAUAUUUGAUUCAGUUGUAUUUGAUAAAUGUUGCCUCACAGUUAUUGGGGCCUCUUAUUAGGCAAGUAAUUUGAACUUUUUUUUAGUACUGUUGCCUCACAGUUAUAAGGAUCUCUUUAGUUAUCCACUUUGAAGGGGCCACUUUUGGCAUCCAAUUUGAUUAUUUUGCCACAUAUCGCCAGCCCUCUGGCAAUUUUUGCCAAUUUCGCCAAAAUCGCCAUUUUCGCCAAAAUCGCCAGCCUCCAAGGGGCCACUUUUGGCAUCCAAUUCAAAUCGCCAGAGGCUGGUGAUUUUUCGUCAGUUUCGUCAUCGCAUGCAUGGCGAUUUUUGCCAAAAUCGCCAGCCUCCAAGGGGCCACUUUUGGCAUCCAAUUCAAAUCGCCAGCAGCUGGCGAUUUUUCGCCAGUUUCGCCAUUUUCGCCAUUGCAUGCAUUUCUGGACAUAAGUGGUUCCUUUACCAAUAAGGAUUCUCAUUAAAAUACCUGAAAUUCAAUGAAUUAAAAACAAAAAUCAUUUUUAAGGUAGAAAAUUAACCGUGUUAAAAGGGCAUGUACUAAUGUGGCUGUUAAUUAAAAGAUUGGAACCAUUUGUACACCAUAUAAAGAAAAUAUUAUUAUUUUGCAGAUCUAUAAAUGGUAUCUUAUUGUAUUCGUCCUUUAAGCUCUAUAGUUUCCUUUAGGCCUCCUCGACAUUUCUUCCUACAUAUUUUUUGGCAUUUCUUUGUAAUUAUUGUAAUCGUGUGGCAAAUAAAUAAAUACAAAUAUGCCUGCAAUAAAAUGCACUGCCACACCCCCAUUAAGCCCACCCCUCCCCUCUUUUUCUGCCUGUCCAAAUAUAAAACCCACUGGGAUCAAAAAAUGAAAUAUUGGCAGUUUAUAAUGAGGCUAUAAUAUGCUGUUAAGGUUGCCUAGUUUACAAUUGCUGUGUACGUAACAAUAAUGAAAUAAUUGGAGUUUUUCAAAUAAACAAAUUUAACUAUUCAAUUUAAUUAAAGUAAGAAUUACAUUCCCAGGUAUACAAUAAUUAGCUGAAAGAUUGCAUAAGAAAUUAUUAUUAUUGUUGGAAUUAGCCUUAGUGUAAAAACAGUCUGUGAUAUUAUCAUAUAUAUGAUACAUUGCACAGUUGUACCUAUUUUUCCAGUCUCAGCUGUUGACUGGUCUUCAUUGAUGGAAUGUUUGGCAGUGUCCUUGUGUCCUUUCUUACAGAACAUAUAAAAGAAGGAUGAGGAGAAUAUCCUACAAAAUCAUUAAAUGCGUUGUAAACAAAACUCUUAGAGUACACUUUUAACACAGAAAUAUUAUCAGAAAAUAACACAUUACACAAAAAUAGCUUCAGGCUUGCCCUAGAGGUCAUUUUAUUUCCAGUGGCUACAACUCACUUCUCCAGAUCUUCGAAAAUACCAAGUCAUAAUUAAGUUAAGUUAUAGUACAAAGAUAAAGAGGAUGGGCACGAGGCGGACUUUCGAAAAUAAAUAACGUCUCUCUACUACAUACGAUCAUCAUGGCGCGUACGAAAAAAUAAUUUUAAUUAAGGAUGCGUGCAAAGCAUCCCAUUGUCGAGUCGACAAAAAAUAACAUCAACUUUUCAUGAAAAUAUGUAUUGCUUUUUACGGUUGUUUGGUUUUAAUAUGCACAUGCUGAAGUAUUUUAGCUACACACAUUUAGCAUACAUUCUUCUGGUUGAUGCCAAUCGAUCGAUGUCCGUUAAAAAAUCCAUCGCGAUUAGCAAAAUAACAACCUUAAACGUUAAUAUACCACAAAGUUAGGACUUACCGGCAUUUCUUGAAACUUCCAUGCCAUCGAGAAGCAGCUUUUGCAAAACACAGACGUUUAAACUUGAAAAUUGUCACCGGGGGUAAAAUUGUGCUAAAAUCAGGGGUGUUUUGCCAAUAUUGGCUAGGCGUUCUCUCGCCCGUUCUCUCCCGGACUUCCCGAGGACGACGGAUCAAGAGAGAACCCUAGGGACUUAAGGCUGGGGAUAAUGAACAUGCGCGAAAAAGUCUGCAGACUAGGCCGAGGGCUGUAGAGACUAGAGAGUCAACCUUUCAUCACACGGCAGAGAAAAUUUGCAGGAAAGUAACGUUGUACCUGAUAAUUUUUUUCAUGACCAAAAGAGGGACAUGACGUCAUCAGUCACGUGAUCAAAGCGUUUUCAAUGUUUAGUUCGUUUUUAAAGUACCUUUUUUGUCUUAAAUUGGCAAGUUUUUGUUGUUUUUCUGAGCAAUUCUUUAAACUGUAUUGUCCCUGAGUAAUUAUUAUUCCAUUCUAAAAGCAGAAGCAACAAAAACUGAGCCAGAAGUUUAAAAGUUGCGUAAAUUGACCGAUAUUUCAAGUUAAAAUCGAAAAGGGGACCUACUUUUAAGGCUUUUGCACAAUCCUUUAAACUUAACUGUUUGUUUGCCGAAAUAAAUGUUUUUAAACGUUAAAACGUUUGUUAAUAAAGGAGAACUUUCAAAGCUAACAGGAUGUAUUUGGGGUGGGUCCCAUGUCGCUCGUCUGAAUUUUAAAGCGUCUCGUGUCGGUGUUUAUAAAUGCUUCACGUCGCUGUCGGAAAUUGGGGAAAAUUCUUUGUCUUUGUCGGAAUUUUAGAAAAGGGGGAUAGCGAUGCGUUGUAAAGAAACAAUUACAGUUUCGCGUAUCGAACACAUAUACAUCGUCAUUCACAAUUAAGUGAUCCACGUUCAACAUUUUAAGACUAACUGACCUUAUAAAUCGUGAAGGCACGGUGGUCUACUCUGUGAAAGCGGUUGGAAGCUCGGUGGUUAGGUUACCUGGUCCCUGGUCCCUCCACCGUCGUCACCGUCCGACAGAGGUCGACAAGGAUAUCAGAAUUUCAAGGGAAAGCAAAGCAUACAAGAGAUGUAAAGCGUGCAAAAAAUUAAGCAAUGUGACGGACAACCGUGUUUUCCUCGACCGAUGGAAAGACACCUUACGAGCAGGGAGAGAAUUGUACGGUCAUACUGUUCAGUCGGUAGCCGCGCGAUUGAUAGUUCAUUUCAUAAAUUUCUUGAACGUUCCCCGGCACGGACCAAGCCUGGGUUUAUUGUGAGCUUUACGUCUGGCUUCGAUCAGUUAAAGAUUUAAUUCUACAAGGAAACCUAAAAAUCGACUUGAAAACUGUCAAUCACCAUAUAGAAGGAAUAUAUACUUCUUUUAACUAUACUUUUUACCCUUCAUUGAGGCGGUCCAGUGGUUAGAGGGGUUAACUUUCGCCUCUAAGUGAUUCAGAGAGACUCUAAGGUUCAAAUCCCCUUAAGCAAAUUUUUCGUAACCUUUUUUUUUCUUUUUCUUUUUUACUUUUUUUUACCUGUGUGGUGCAUAUAGCUAGUAACGUAAUGUGAUUAAUAAUAUACACGAAAAAAUUGCUCAUUUCUGAUUGGCUGAGAAAGGAGUGCAGCUCUUCUGUAACACGAGUGUAAACUUGUUACACGAGUACAAAACUUGUAACACGAGUGCAAAUUACAAAUGGUUUCUGAUAGGCUGAAAGCACAAAAAAACCCACCAAGAACCAAUCAGAUUAGAGCUGUUUUAGCAACAAAAUUCAAGAAAAUGGCCAUGGUUUUCAGCAGACGGUGACGGGAUUUAAUUUUGUACGCAAAACAACAAAAGAAAAGUUAAAAAAAUAUUCCAAAAACCCGAACACAGUAAAAAGUACGUCUUUCUGGCUAAAUGUAUUGAAAAUGCGGUGCUAAGAGAAAAAUACCGUCAACAAAAUCGAGGAAAAUGAGCCAGAGAAACUAAAAAACAAGCUACUUAUAACAGACUACGCUAAAGUAAAAAAAUAGAGACCAAAAACGGUGGCAACCACACGCAAACAAUGACAGCGACACUUUUCAAGCAUUUAAAUGAAGAAGGAUACAAGUUUUCCAUGAUAAUAACAGGGAUUUCAAGUCACGUACUUUAUUUGUUGGAGGAGAAAGGUGUUCGGUUGCUCUCUUUAAGUCUUUGUGGAGCAAAGACCUCUAUUAAAACAUCCAUGCUAUCGUCUGUUUUUCUCUAUCUCAGUGGCAAACGAAACCGAAAAUUUAAACAUCUAGUCUAAAUUAAGCCAAUAGGCGAAAAUACCAUAACAAACAUAACGAAAGUAUCCGUAGCUGGUACUAGCCUUAAAAAAGUGAGAAAAAAGUUUACGAAUCAUUGUACAAGAAAAACAACAGUCAGGAAGCUGAAGAAAGCAAAGCUUGUAAGUUCAGAACAUAUCGCCAAUGUCACAAGUCACAGAGGUAUAAAUUUCCUUAACGACUACGAAGCCGACUCUUGCAGUAGGCUAAGUGAAAUAUUGAAAACCCCAGCGCUGAGAAAAAGCAAAUAUUAUAUUAAUACUGGCAGUUUCCGACAUCCCAGAAACUGUGGCUCCACUUACCCAUCGAUGGCAGCGUCGGAAGAAAACAAAUUGCCUCCUUCAUUUUCGGGUUUUAAAUCUCAAAAAUUUCUGCAUGAAUCCAGCCAUGAUGGGGUCUCAGGAACAGACAAUGAUGAACAGUCGUUAAAAAACCUUAGCAAAUGUCUUUCAUCUUUGGCUGCUCGAAGCGUUCUCCUGAUUUCAAAACGGCAGUAUACUUCUUGUAAACGCUUCUUGUAAACGCCGAGCUUUCAUAAUCGAGGAUGAAUUUAAAACACUUACUUUUGCUGAUUGUUAUUGGGUGGACUAGCUCGAAUGGUUCGUAUGUUCCCUUCUAGUCCUUUCCCACUGCAAUAAUUUUUUUUUCCUAGUAUGUAGUUAAUUGUUCUCUUACGUAAUUUAGCUAAGUUUUUUUUUUUUGUAGUGAAAAUGGAAUAAAUUAAAUUAACCGAGUUGUCUUUAACGGGCUGGUGACCAUAUAAACUCAAUCCUUGCACAUUUCCAAGUUCUUACCUGAAUGAUUUUGAAAGCGUCGGCCUUGAAAAAGUUUGAAUUUGACAAAGGUAGUAGCCUGUUUCAGCCAAUCAGUUGAAUGAACUAAAAGCGCGCGCGUUGUCAAAAUUUGUUGUUGUAGUUACGUUUUUCGUGUGUAUUAUUAAUAAGUAAUCACAUGAUUGCUUAUUUAUUCCAAAUUGCACUCGAAAUCAUGUGAUUACCUAUACAAAGCAAAGUUUACAGGAAUAUAAAAAAGGCCGUAUGUGUCAUAGCGUAUCUACCGGUAUUUUUAGUAAUAUUAGACACUCUUAUCAUUACCCAGUUCAAACGUCGAAUUUCACAUGUGCCUAAUUUAAUUCGAGAGGUAGUAACUGCUUUGAGAUGCGGCGUCUGAAUCAACUUGAAGAUUUAUUAGCUAUUCAGCUUUAUUAAAAACUGAAUCAUUGGAUAAUGCAAUUCUAGCAUUUUCAUUGGCUUAGCCGUUAUGGUAUAUGAGCUAAUAUACCAUGUUCUCCAUAUAUGGUCGGUGUACGCGUCAGUUUAAAAUUGGAAGCUAGCUGAGAUUUUUUUUCGCGAAGGAUAGAACGGCGCCCGAAGCAAAUCGUUUUAAUUCAUUUCUUAGAAUACUAGAAAUGCAAUUUCAGCGCAAGAAAAAAGACAAAAACAAACAAAAAAGCCACAAGAGCUUGUCUGAAAGUUUGUCGAAAAACACAUGAAAACACAUGGAACUAAAGUACCUUGACCAGCUACGAAAGAAGACAAGUGUUGUUUCUUCAUGAUCGCGAAGCCAUUCUUCGCCGAUCAAGUCACUCGCCGAUAGAUAACUGCAGCUUGUUUAUCCGACAUCAAGAAUAUAAAUCAAAAGUAACCAGCUACAAAUACAGGCUAUGCAGCCAUUCACUAGAGCAAUCGAGGCGGCAGUAUAGCUUCUUUUCUCGUUCAGCAAAACCAGCUUGUGGCUUCAAACAACUUCAUAACAAGCGACCGAGGUAAUACCGGUAGUUUUUCUCCGUUGUUCUUACUUUUAUAACUGCACCGAAAAUCCAAAUUCAUAGUAAUUUCGACGGCUGUCACUUAAAAAUUCCUUUCCUUCACAUUAUCUGCCAGGUUUUUUAAGCUGUUCUGCUGUGUAAAAUCCUAGAAUCACGAUGAGUUUUUAAAAAACUAAUGUUCAUCGCGACAAUGUUUUGAUUUUUCAUUCAUGCAGUCUAGGCGAGUCCGUUCGCGCGUUGACAGUUUUGAUAGACGUGUGACAUGUCAAUAGCGGAAGUCCCUUGUCUUUUCCGGUUUGUUCUAGUCGGGGCAAUUCAACGAGAUUUUGUGGGCGUUUUUAAUAAAACAAUUAUUCCACUCGGGCUUGUUGGAUAUGAAAUGAUUAUAGCCAACUCGGCGCUAUGCGCCUCGUUGGCUAUCUAUCAUCUCAUAUCCAACGCGCCCUCGUGGAAUAAUUGUUAAUUAUCCAGGUUAUACAUUAUGUAUUUUGUGAUUAUUAUAGGACGGCUCGCAAACAUUGCCAUUUUGACAGCCAUUCCCGACUAAUAAACUUCAAGAUCAUAUUUCUCCUUCGCCAUCGCGACUGAUCACACGACCCGACUCAAAUUAUGCACCAAAAAACAAACAUAUUUUAUAAUUCACAAGAUAGCUUUCGUGCCAAAAUACACAGAUACAAUUUUCCAAAAGUUCAGAUAAGCAACCUACCGUUGGUCCUUAUAAAAUCGGUAAAAAGUGUAACAUAAGAAGUGCACGCGAAUGACAGCACACAGGUAACCCAGUCUCUGUGAUAGUACCAGAGUACCGUUCCAGUAAAACUACAGUGUUUGUAUGGGGUAAAAAUACGAUCCUAACAUUUUUAGGAAAUAUUGAAAAAAGGUCAGUGAAACUUACUCUGCUUAACAAAUAGAUUCCAUGUUGCCGUGCGUCUGUAAUAAUACACGAGGUAGGAGGCGCGAGAUGCCAUCUUGGCCGCCAUCAUCCCUUUCCAACACAACUUUUGUACACGAACUCCAACGGAAAAUAAACAUGCUAGGAUCGUAGAAAUAAGAUGGCAUCAAAUACAGAAACCAAUGAGGCUUUCUCGGGUAGAGAAACGAACCUCGCAGACUUUGACAACUCGGAGAAUAUAGUCCGAAAAGGCCGAGAAACAGCGCGCCGAAGUAGUCGGACCAGAUCAACGCGCGGCCUAGCAAAUGAGGCCUGGGCACUGUACAAAUCAAAUCGAUCCCGGGUGUCCUGGGUUGAGCUUUCUAGGGACCGAUACAUAGCUUGACAAAAGUUAGCCUCCCACAGGAUUUUGAUGCAAAAGGCUUCUAUAUCGGAUGCUAUCCUAUUUCUACGACUCUAGCAUGUUUAUUUUCCGUUUCAGUCUGAAUUUCAUGGAAAACGUUGUGCUGGAAAGGGAGCAUGGCGGUCAAGAUGGCAUCUCGUGCCUCCUACCUUGUGUAUUAUUAUUGUAUAGAGAGUGAAUUUGAACAAAUUGUCACGAAACUUCGUUGGAGUAUUAACUACAACAACAACUACUUGCAGAGUAAGUUUCACUGACCUUUAUUUAGUAUUUCCUAAAAAUUUUGGGAUCGUAUUUUUACGCCAUAUCCUGAAACACUGUAAUUUUACUGGAACCGUACUGAGGUACUAUCACAGAGCCUGGGUUACCUGUGGAAAGCACUGGUGGGCGGUGAAUUUCUGUAGAUGCGAAGAAAUAAAUUGUUUUCUCGACACUGAUGAAUAUUUAAAAAAUCCAGUUUUUUUUCCUCGUAACUCAAUGGCCUAGACUCGGUUCUCGCGUCUAACAGCCGAGAAUCAAGUUUCGAGUACUUUUGAACUUUUACUGUAGCUUUAGAUAAUAUGCCUUUCGUGCUUUUGCGCACACUGAAAGCGUGUUACGCUAUUUCGCGAGCAGCUGUUGUUUAAAAACUUGAACACGCUCUUUUGUUUGACUUGCUCGCGCUUAAUUGUCUCAAACGUGUCCUCUGAAGCAAAAGAAAUUGCUAAUGACGCAAGAUGGCAAGUGUGCUAAAGCGUGUUGUUAAAAUAAAUUCUUUGUUUUAAAGUUGAAGCGUGUCGAACGAGUGCUUUCACCUUUCGCAUCAAAAUCCUGUGGAGGGUCACAAAUUAUCGUUAGAAAAAAAACACGAUAUUAAUUUCUUUUUUUAAAUGAAGAUAUGAUCGUCGCAUUGGUAAUUGCGAUUUAAGAUAUUGCAAAUUAACCCCGAAAAAAAUUUCUGGACUUCAACGGGAUUCGAACCCAUGGCCUCAGCGUUUAGCGCUGCAGUGCUCUAACCAGUUGAACUAUGAAAAUUAGAAACGCGGAGCCGCCGUGGGUUCGAAUCCCGUUGAAGUUCCGCAACUUUCUCCGAGGUUAACCACUCUAGGGCUUCAACUGCAUCGGUAGCAGAUGAGUGGAAAGGUCGAUUUAAUAUAGUUUUGGCAGCCUUGUUCUGCAGAAGUUGUAAAUUGUUCAUGAGUACGGCAUUGUCCUUAUCCCCCCAAACAAUGCCGUCAUAAUCAAAGUUCGGGAGAAUGAGCCUGUUAUAGAAAUGAAUUCGCCCAAUAUGUGGAAGCAAAGACUUAGUCUUCCUUGAAAGGCCUAAACGUUGAUUUGUCUUCUGUGGAAACUUAUUCAAUAUGCUCCGUCCAGGUAAAAUUUGAGAAUAAAGUUACAACCAAGUAUUUAAAGCGUCCAACCCUCCCCCCAACUUUUUUGUCAAAUACUGAGACAGAUAUCGGUGGUAGCACGCAAUUUGCGAUCGCUGCCGAUAAGCAUGGACUAGGUCUUCUCUAUAUUAAGUGUAAGCUUGUUUUAAGUCAGCCACAGAGCUAUCCUCUGCAGAACUUCAUUCAGAGUAUUCUCAAGAUCUUUUAUGUUAGAGGAGUAGCAGUAUAAAACAGCAUCGUUCGCAUAAGGGGAUACACUACAGUGAUUGACAACAGUAGGCAGAUCAUCUAUGUAAACAACAAAAAAGUAAAGGCUCCAGGAUUCUCCCUGUGGUGCACCAUAAGUAACAGGUAGAGAAAGCGUGAGGGCCAGGAUUUGAAGCUACAUCGUUAACCAGACAAACAAAGUGCUGAAAUGGAUUUGUAAGAGCUAAACGGUAUAGCCAGUAGCUAACACUGCGCGUUUCGUAGAAGUCAGUUGAGACUUAAAUCUGAGAGAUAGUUGAAGGCUGGGAAGGCCAGAAAUGUAUUGUUUAGGCUGAUUUACUUCUUUAGAAGUAUAACUGAUAUUCUUACCAUCAUCCAGAGUAGAUGUUGUGCCCAAGAUGACCUACAACAAAAUAACGCAGAAAUUCAGCCUGCUGCUUGACCACGUUGCCACCGUCAUGUUGCACUACGUCAUUGACCCAUAUUGGCAUCUCCCUAGAUAAAGUAAAUUAUGUCCAUUGUGUAAGUCAAAUGAAGUUGAUAAUAAACCUUUUAACGUAAUAUUUACUCAAGGCCUUGGCAGACAUUUUUUAAUCAAAUCCAUGAAACGAUACCUGAAAUUCAACAAAAAUCAACAUUACAAACUGCAGGUGAUAACGGUUUACAGAGUGUCACAGUGCAAAGAGUAGGAAUAGAUCAAAUUAUCCCUAGUGAUAAUAAAGUAGACAUAGUUCACUGACAGGUACCGUGAAGUCCGAAAUAAGACUAGUGCAGAAAACGUGUGCCUAGAUACGCCUUUUUUUAAGGCUGAGGGUUGUCGCAUCAGGGACCAUGCGAAAACGAUAGUAGAGUUUUGAAGAUCCAAUGACGUAAAGGCAGCGAGAAUAAAACAAUAGAUUUAAUAAGAAAAACAUCAACUCUGCACGUGCAUCGCACGUUUUUGUUUAUUUCUUUCCCGUUUUUGUACGACUACGACGUGGAAAUGUCUGAUUUCGCUUUCGCUGAGAACGUAAACAAGCAACGACAAAGUUCUAUUUCUCUUUCUGAACUUGGAUAUAGCCCCUAGCUAGCUAGCUCACUGCGUGAAAUAAGUAAUUUAGUGGAAUUUACAGGGCCACGAUACUCCCAUGGCACUUAGCAAAUCGUAUACCGACACGCGAGGUGUCAUGAAACGCGGCGUUUCAGAGAGUGUCCGUGUCCCCGAUACCUCUGUCGUGAAAAAUCAGGACAAAUCGUGGCCCGGACACGUCUUCUGCGGUGUGUCAAGAAAUAUACGAGCUCUGAUUCUUAACGAUAUCAGUUAGCCAAAGCCAUGUCGACUUUCGACCGUGAGGUAAAAUGGCAUGAAAACUGAAAUUUAGGAAAAAUUAAACUUUACCUAAUAAAAACACAACUAACUCAUUUACGCAAACUUUCCAAGGUACGCCAAGGUUGUUAAAGAUUUACGCAUUUGGCUUAAAGGUUGAAUGAAGGGAACAUAAGGUUGCAACAAUUUUACGCUCAUUCUCUUACGCGAGAUAUGAAAGAUGAGUAACUGUAAGGUUGCCACGUGCACUCUGAUAGCAGGAUCUGUUUUCUUUGUUGUUUUUAGCAUGACCGAAGUAGUUUUCACACCGCUAACGAUGAGAAUCGUUGGCUUGUUGUUUUUGGAGAUCUUGUAAUUCUUGUUCGGGUGACUGGAAGGCAUUGUUAACAUAAAUGGCCCGUCACUUACUCUUGAAAAAUAAUACAGUGUCUUUGUCACAACGAGUUAAACGAAAACAAAUUCAAAACAGAGAGAACAUGCGUGAUAACUAUUUCCUCACUUACGAUGAACGACAGACGGCAUUCUCGAAAAACUAUGGCUACUUAAUUUUAACGGAGUAUUGACUAACUUUCUACAAACACUACAUUGUUUUUUGAACUGCCUUUAUCGCUUCCCGGGUAUCGCUUCUGUCAGGAGAAGAAAAAGGAAGAAAACCUGGGGGUUAUACGUUCGAAUGAGGCCUGGAAAUGAAACAAUACAGCAAAGCAACUGGUCAGCGGGUAUUCGCUUUGCACAUGCUCUUUCAGGUUCCGAUUUGGCGUCCAUUUUGAAAGUGUGAAAUCGAUCGUUUCGAUCACGCCAACUUGUUUGAUUUCCCUCAGAAGUUUGAGUCCAUAAUUAUGCUUCUCGAUAGCAUCACAGGACAUCUGAGGAUUGUAACACAUUAUCAUCGAACGUUCAACCUUCAGUUGUCGAUAGAUCUUAAGAGGCAACCCUUUCGAUACAGGAGAGUCAGUCAAGCAGACUGAGAAUUUGAACACCGAAGUAUACUAAGGACUGUACUACUAAAGCGCUCCAAGACUCAGGAUUUUGCUGGAAAAUUAAAUAGCAAGAAAAGGUAAGCUGCCCUGUUUUCAAACUAUUUAAAUCAUAUUAAGUUUUCAAUGGAAUCAAUGUUUUAUAAAGGAGCUGUGGCACGAAAUUUAUCAAAAUUUAAACAGAUGAAACCGCCACCAUAUUGACUGAAACAUAAAAAUAACUACUCACAACAGUUGAAGAAGGUAUAAACAAGACAGCAAACGCAAAAGGAGGCUCAGACAGACAAACUUGAAGAAGAUUAAAAUGGAUUACAAUUGCUGGUUUGCACUUGACGUCACAGCAGCCAUAUUGGUGGUGUGUUAGGGUAAAGAACAAAAGCAUUUCUCUCCUCCAGGAACUAAACCCUAUUUUCAUGUAAAUUCUUAAAAAAAAAAACAUUCUAUUGUAAUGACCUCCAACACACCACCAAUAUGACCGCCUUGUCACGUGGUUCCAAGCCAAGAAUAGAGGUUUUUGAAAACUUGUUGGCCGAAAGUUCAUUCUUUUUGCCUGUAACUUUGAUGAAAAUGUAAUGCUUCGGGACAAAUUUGUUUACAUGAAACAGUGAUAUUUGAAGUAAUAUUUCUUCACUUACACUAGGUUCUACUGAAGAUCGCAUAACUGAGUAAAAUCUCGCAUUCUGAUUGGUUAACGAAGCGAGGUAUUUAGUGAGGAAUUGCGAGUUGAAAACGAGGCUAAGCAAUAUUGUUUCGCAUCUACAUGUAGGUAACAACUAUCGUCAAAUUCUAACACAACACAACUGCAAAAAAGGUUUUCUACAAUGUCAUUUUAAAAUGUUUUCAAAACCAUUGUCACCUUUUGAAGAGUUCAAGACAAACAAAAGCGUUUUUAUAGUGAGCCGGACGUUCUUCCUUGUUUUGAACUGAACUACAAAUUCUCGAAGAGGCAUAAAAAACCUCUUUCGCUCACGACAACGAGAAAAGAAGAAAAUCUUGUGAACACGGCCCAGAAAAUGGCCAGCCAAAGUUCAACCAAACAAAACGGAGAAGCGACAACAGAGGAAGUGCCGGGGUUGAUUGUCACAUAAAUUAUACAGGAGAAGAAAUAAAUACCUUCAAAGACGACAUGGCCCCUGAGUGAAAACACGAAAAAGAGUACGCCGCUUGCAAUCGUCCUGAAUCGUGAUACUUAGAAAAGUACAAAACAGAGCUGAACUUGAACAGCAUUUCUAAAACAUUUCAAGGUACUUACCAUGAUUGUAUCAAUCGCGACGUUAAACUUUAAGUGCUUUUGCUUGGACACUUCAUUUCUUUCAGUUUUGCCGCCGAAGAGGUAAAAGGUGUAUAUUAUUUUCCUUCUCGAGCAAAUGACCAAUUUGAAAAAAGAUGAUAUAGAUAAACGGCUCGUAAAUUUAGUGAAAUACCUCUAUUUAUUCUUAAGAUUAGUGUGAAGCUUGUUUACAUGUAAAAGAGAUUGACAACAAAAUGUGAAAACAAGCACAAGGUACAAAAAAAGUUGUCCAAGGGUCAAACGUGUACGACUGACCUUGCUUCCUAUUCGCUAACGCAAAGACAGCUCUGACAGCUGACAUUGAAAUGGCUUCCUGGAGCGCGCGCUCAGGAUAAAAACAAACAAUAUUAUUGCCGUUUUUUUUUUCUGAUUUUAAUUUGCGAUUCAAGGAAAAUCCAUUACCUGACGGGGGAAUUCCACGUUAAAUUGCACUUGAAAACCGAUAUCACACUCAUUGCUGCGUGAUUCAUGCAAUAUCGGUUUUCGCGUGCAAUUUAACGUGGAAUUCCCUCAUCAGGUAAUGAAUUUUCCUAUAGAAUAAGGACUUGUAAUUGGCAUUAUGUACAACUAAAACUUUGCUUGUCCAACCAAGAUGGUGUCUUAGUGAGACAUUAUGUCCUUUUAAGAGAAAAAAAAAUGUUCACAGCCCUGUACAGUGUUAUCAAGAAAAUUAGGACAAAGACAGUAUACACAGUUUGUUCUUAGAAAUCAUACAUUGCAAGCUCAACCUACAGAUUAGUUAGUUAUCUGCUGGCAGAUAGACCUUUGUAUGAAAUUGUCCACCCGAACCUCAUCCUCAUUUCUUUGCGUUUGCUCAAUAGAGCGUAAUGCGGGAAAGGUCUAUUAGUGACUAAUCUGUAGGUUGUGUGCACGGAGGGAGGUGGGGGAGGGAAGUUCAGCACGCAUUGUUGUUGGUUAAGAAUUUACACAGUAAUGCAGGUAGUGUCGCUUCGAUUUUGCGAGGACAAAUACGAUAUGUGAGAAAAACAAAAAGGCAUGAGAUACAUUUUUUUCAGUUAUUGAAUAUUAUUCUCUUUGCUGGUUCGCUUUUCACCUCUGAACUACCACACAAGGUGACUGCUUUGCAAGUUGCGAAAGUGUUUUUCAGUCCGUUUAGUGUACGAUCCCCACGAAAAUUUAGGGUUUGAAUUUUAAAUUCAACAUUAGCUUUUAAACCCAACUCUUCUAUUUUUGACCUUGCUCGCUGUGUAUUUUCAACUCGCUUCAUCAAAUUACAGUUACAUAGUAGAACUAUACAAUUUUCAACUCAACGCUGUGAAUAAAACUAUACAUACACUGGACAAAUUUUGCUACAUUGCUACUUUUUAUAAGCUUGAAUGCCUGAGCCAAUACUUGGUGCAUUUUUCUACUUACCGAGUCACAUUUCAAACCCGACCAUGUAUAUUUUCAACAAAACUUAUGAAUUUUUGUUUACACUACAGUGAUCAUUGAUCAAGACCAGGGAGCCUCCCCCCCCAUACAAGCCUUUGUCGGAGUGGGUGGUUCUUUAGUCCAUUGUGCUUUAAGCGCAAGUGUUUGCCUGGGCCUUCUCACAUGUGUAGUGUUCAUUUCAAGUGAUCUGUAAGGAAAUUUUUGAUUGUUUGAUUUGAUCAGAAUCUCUGAUUGCCUGAUCACAAAAUUAAUACAGUGGCCAUAAAAAACAGUCCAAAGACAGUUAAGCUCAUUCAAAAGGUAUUACUAUUAAGGGAAAAAAUACACACUCCAGUCAAAAGACUCAUAUUAUCUUUAGAAAAACAAUAAGCUAAAGUCUACUAAGUCCCAAUGCAAUUAUCUAUAGUUGAUGCACCUCAUUCUUAUAAUUUUGGAUCUGUAAAUCACUAUCUGUGAUAAUUUAAUAUCCUGCAAAGAAAACUACUAAAUGAGUUAGGCCCAGAAUGAUACAACAUUGCAGAAAAACAUUACAUUACAGGACUAGAGAAAAUCGCUUAAAAUAUUCAAAUCCAGAAGGCCCUUUAGAGAAAAUUAGAACCCUUAUUCAGCCGUAAUAAAAAGCUUUAUGCUUUAAAAGAGGUCAAAGAAAAUGCUCUUGCGUCAGAGGACAAAUCCUGCCGACCAGAAACAAAAACCACAGUAAAUCAAUAUGUGUUCCAUGACCUCUCAGUGUGAAACAAGUGCCAAAAAUCACAUUUGUUCAGUGAAAUUGUAGAACCUUCCAGAGCAUAAUCUACCCAGCAGGGGAAAAAAACUUAUUGGAAUGAGCAAUAUUUUGGUAGGAGGAAAAAGUCGUUUUAAUAGGCCUACCAACCAACCCCUUUUAUUGCUGUGCACUCGAUAAACAUGCUAUGGCGGAUCCCAUGCCAGCCACGAUAGAAUCAGGUAAAUCCCACUAUUUACAGUGGUGCGAUUUGAAUACCCCACUCGAUGCAUGAAUCUGCUGUAAUCACCCAGCAUGCAAAGAAAGUAGUGUCCGAUAGCCCGGGGCUAGUGGAUUUUGCUCUCAGACUAGUGAGUAGGGAUCGGUAGGGAACCCGAUCAUGGGAAACGGACCCGAUUAAUUUUCCGAUUGAUCGGAAUCGUUACCGAUCUGUAGGCACCAGUUGCCGUUUCCGAUUACGAUAAAAACUUUGCCGAUUCAAUCGGAGCCGGUUGACAUUCCGAUGUUCAUAUGUGUCAUCGUCAUAUUAUUUUAUCUGAUAUGUAAAAUGAAGCGUGUCACGAAACCAAAUAAUGACAGAGUCGUUUCACUUCAAAGCAAUUUCAAUCGACUGUACCUUUUUCCUACUCCAUAACAAAUAGCAAUAUUGUAUGUUUCUGCAUGUUGUUUUUCGAGUUUGUUGAUUUGAUGCGUGCCUAUACACGUGAUUUUCUGCGUUUUGCAGAGGUAUUUCCUUCAGUCGAUCGCAAACACCACGCUGCUCCAUAACAUUUAUUCUAUGAAAAUUAAAAGGAGUUAAAUAUUACGACGCAAAACACCACUGUUCUUCGUUGAUAUAUAGCAAACAAAACACCAUACUGAGUAGUGUGUUCUUUACUCGAUACUAAUUUCUAACAAUGCAAUCCAAAAACACAACCGGAACUCACUUUCUCGAAACACAGCUGGAUUCAUAGACUUGUUACAAGUAGACCUCAACGGGUUUCCUAGCGAGCGGAGCGAGAGCAAAACCAUGGAUAAUGUAAAACCACGGGAUAAACUUUUACGAAAAUUUGCUUCUUUCAUUCAACGAUCCUAAACGCAAGGUGUAAUGCGAUCUGAGGCAAAAAUACCGACCAAUUAGAUUGGGGCCUCAGAUUGUCUCAGGGAAUUGGCAACAGGAACUGAAAGAUUCCCACACUCGCGAGUCACGGAAGACACGAAACGAAGUUUCAUACAGGAGCUACCAAAGAGAGAAUGGCUUAGCGACUUUGCUGUAUGUUCUGUGAGCUUGAGCAUGGUGCCACGUAAAAUUGCUUUCCACUCUCAGCACUUAGAAAAAAUUGCCCUUGACUCUAGGUGGCUGACUGUUUGACAAAAAUCAGAACCUAUUUUACCGGAGUGUUCAACUAAAGUAAACUGGCAUACAUCCGGUAAGUUCGACUCAAUUUAAUAGCGGAAAGACAAUCGAGAAAGAGAAAACCAGUUGAACGCCUCCAUCAGUCACUUUUUUGAGUUCAUAUGCAACCAAUAAACAACUUGCAGCUUGAUUCUCAGACGAUGUCCUCUUCUCUCCUGUGGCAAUUUAGCAGUUAAAGUACACAACAUGAUAACAACAUUUGCAUUUUGGUCGUGGAUGUUCUGACUUCUAUUUUUUUCGUUUACCGUCCUAAACUGUUUAUUCCUCCAAAGAUUCCUAUAAUCAUGCGUUUUGGGUUCCGGUUAGCAAAGGCUCAAGCUAUUUUAAAAUUAUCAUUUUUUAAAAUUAUCACAUCGUACACUUGCAAUGUACAUUGCGCCGUCUUUCACUCAAGAGAUGCCUGUUGUUUCUUCUCGUGCCCAUUUUGAUACACAAAUUUAAUAUUUUCUGUUCAUACUCUGUCAUAGGAAAUACAAACAAAUGUUCGAAACCGUGACGUUAAAUUUCGGUUCAAACAAGACACAUUUAUAAGAAAGAUAAGGUUAUAAAAAACAACAUUCACACUUUUGCUUUUGCUUUUGUGACGGGUUAUUUGAGCUGCCAGAUAUUUUUGAUGACCUUUGUUAAUUGGCCCGAUAAAGACUUGAGACCCGUUGCCGAUUCCCUUUCAUUCGGUGCCGAUAAAAUCGGGUCCGACCUUCAACGGAAUCGGAAAAAAUCGGUGCCCAAUUGAUCGGCAUCGGUAUGACCCGAUGCCGAUAUUUGGACGCGUUCCCUUAUUAACUUGCCCAAUGGGCAAGGGAAGUUUUUUGAGGAAUUCAAAUUACAGAAGUACUGUCAAAUCAAUCUGCUCAUCAAAACAUUUUUGGGGCUAGUUGAAAUGAUGUUUGGGCUAGUAAAUGUUAGCUUCAGCUGUAAAAAUGACUUUCUUUGCACCCUGUCACCAUACUGAUAGGAAUCUAAGCAAGUGCAAACUCUGCCGCCAUGUUUGUGCAAUAUGCAUGAAGCACGAUGGACUAAAGAGCCACCCACCCGACAAAGGCUUCUAUUGUCUUGACCCAGGGAGGCUCCCUGGUCUUGAUCAAUAAUCACUGAAGUGUGAACGAAAAUUCACAAGUCGUGUUGAAAAUACACAUGGUUGAGUUUGAAAUAUGACUCGGUAAGUGGCAAAAUACCCUGAGUAGUUGUUUAGGCAUUCAAGCUUAUAAAAAGUAGCAAUAUUGGAAAAUUUGUCUGGUGUAUAGUUUUAUUCAUUGCGCCGAGUUGAAAAUUGCAUGGUUCUACUAUGUAAUUUGAUGAAGCGAGUUGAAAAUACACAGUGAGCAAGGUAAAAUAGAAGAGUUGAGUUUAAAAGCUAAGGGGCACGAGCAUACAAGCGUUUUCUUCUAAAGGAAGAGUGUAAAAUUUUGAAUUCAGCUAUAAAAUUCAAGUACCGAGGUUAGAGUUUUAAAUGAUGCAUUUAAAAUUGAAACCAUGAAUUUUGGCAGGGAUCAUACGCCAUAAGCCUGACUUUGCCUCUACCCCCUGGUGUGCACCAAGUAUGAUUUCUAAGAGGAAUGUCAAACUGUGUUCCAUGCAAUUCUGUGUUUGUCCUUGUUUUUUUGAAAACAAUGCAUAAUGAAACAACUAUUAGACUUGGUUUUUGUGAUAUUUGGAAUAAUCAAGGUCUCAGUAUGUGUUAUCAGCCUCAGCCUUCGGCUCAGCUGAUGUCAUUUAGUCAAUCCUCUUCCUUGAUUAUUUCUGGAUAUCACAAAACCUCAUCCCACACCAUUUAUUGUUUAAUAUUAAAAAAGUGAACUAAGACUGUAGUGGCACAGCCCCUGUACAUUAAUUUGUAAAUACUCAGUAUCUUACAUUUCAAUGGGUAAUUAAGGCAGCAGUGACAGUUAAAAGUAAUUAAGUGAACUUCAUUGAUUCCUGAUUUUCCUUUCAGUACUAGGCAAACAUCUUAGGAGCACUAUGCAAUAUUAUUGUGCAGGUUAGUGACACUGGGGUUGAGGGGUUUGUACCAGAAAAUAGAAGAAAAGUCAAUGUUACUGAGAAUUUGUAAUUAUUAACAACAAGUGCUGAAAAGAAAAUAGAAUACCUUAUUAUUUAUUUGAUAAAGUGCUCAACCUCAAGUAACUGCCCACCUCCAAUAACCCUCCACCUUAUAGGCAGAAAAAAAAUGAAUUAUCUCCUAACCUCGAAUAAGUGCCUACCCCAUACCAGCUAGAUUGAAAAAGACUAAGUUCUACUAAAUUAAGAGACCAAGUUUUCUUAGUACAGUAUUUUAAAGAAAUUUUCAAUGAACAGUUAAAAAUCUGCUUUGGAACUCAAACAAAAUUACUCUAUCUCCAACAAAAUUACUUUUGGUGAAAACUUUGAGAAUUCAUUAAACACCCAGCCCAAAUACACAUAAUUAUUAAAGUGACCAACUUGAAUAAUAACCCACUCUCAAGGUGCAAAACUUUAGUGAGUACCCAGGCAAGGAACUUAAUCAAAUAAAUAUGGUAUUUUGUUUUUGGACCUCUUUAUUGGAGUGGUACAUGCAGUCGCAUUUUCCAGUAGGUGUAGUGCUUGAUUUAUAAACACACAAGCUCUUUUAUGAAAACUGCAUUGACAAAAUAGAUUUGCAGUUAUUGAGAAUCUAUUUUAUACCAAUACAGCAUUACAUUUCAUUUCACCCUUCAUUAAUUCGGCUUUGCUUUUUCAAAAACACUGUAUCGCAGCUCCAGGUUUUGUCCAAAUUACGUUUAGUUUAGAUAAUAUUAUUUUGAACUACUGUGCAAAUUAACCUUUUAAAAAAAUAAUGUAUGAAAUAGCUGUACGUAUGAUCUGAAGAUAGUUUAUCUACAGUGUAUAUGUAAACUGCUUUUAAUGGAGCUUUUUACUGAUACAGCAGCCAUAUUGAAUUAAUUCGAUUUAAGGAGUAUUAUAGGAUGCCCUGGGGGCAUGAGCACAUUUUAUUUGUAUUUUGGAGUGCUUUUCAGGACAUUUUUUCGUAAAGUUUUCUUAGAAUAAGAUUGUAAUGGGAAAAAAGAUUCUUGUGCCCUGUUUGGAUGUAAUAAUGAUCGCCUUUUUCUAGUUUAGCAUUAGAAAUAUGGUCUUUCACCGUAUAUUUCUCGGGAAAAAGGUGAUCAUGAUUACAUCCAAACACGGCACAAGGAUCUUUUUUCCCAUUACAAUCUUAUUCUAAGAAAACUUUAAGAAAAAAAUGUCCCGAAAAGCGCUCCAAAAUACAAGCGAAAUGUGCUCAUGCCCCCUGGGCAUCCUAUAAUACUCCUUAAAUUGGAUUAAUUCAAUAUGGCCACCGUAUUGGUAAAAAGGUCUAUUAGUACCCUUAUUUUAUUCGGCUGUUGAUAAUAAUAAUGUUAUUGAGGACAAUCACCUGUCUUUUUCCUUCAAUUCCCAAUUUAUUUUUGUGCAUGCCUCACAGCAGGUAUGUCAAUGCCAGAAAUUUCAAACCCAUUGAAUUUAUUGGGUGGCAACAAGCUACCUUAAACUUGAAGGACACUUUGGAGGAUUCUUGCUGAUCUCAGCAAGACUGUUCUUUGAAGUGCAGUGCCAACUCAAUCCCAGAAUUAUUUAUGUUUUUUCAGUUAAACCUUUAGGUCUUCAGAAUAGUACCCAGUGCUCCAAAACAAAAGGGGCAACUUUUACCCCUUCAUCUUCCACAAGUAGUAUCUUCAUGCCAGAUGAAGAUACUAAGUCUUGUUGACUUUACUUGUUGUUGAUCUCUUGUUCGAUGUCCACCCUUUUGUCACAAGGACAUGCAAUAUCAGUGAUGAGGCAAUUUUUGUUCUGUUGGUCCACACACACGAUGUCAAGGCGAUUGUGAUCCAGUUUCAUUUCUGUUUAUAUACAGAAAUCGGAAAGAAAUUUGAAAGUCUUAUUAUCCUUAAAAUCACAUGAUUAUUAUCAUUAUUAUUGUUGUGGUUGAUGAUGUUAUUAUAAGCAUGGGUAGUAAAGAGGUUCAUAGACAUGUACAAAAAUAAACUACCUUAACCACUAUUUUGGGCUCUAAUUUGUUGUUAUCGCUCACUUUUUUCAAUGACCGUGCUUUGCAGAUUUUAGUAAAACAGAUGAAGGUGCGAACAGAUGGUUAAGGAGACCCUGCAGCAGCUAGAUGCCAGCUCCUUGAUUAAUUCUUCCAAACCCUAGAGUUUAGGGAGAUCCACCUACAAACCAACCACCCUUUAGUUCACAUGCAUGGCCAUUGUCGUUGAUUAGCAGUGGAGCUAGUUGUCACACCAGUACAUCCUCCUCCACUGCAGCCUCCCUCCCCACAUUCUCCUUUACUGUAAGGAGUGGCAGUGAUGAUGGACAUAGGAUGGAGAAUGGAUGGAUUACUCUCUAGUUGUUGCCAUUGUUUGAUUAAAUUUAAUAUCUUCACUUUGAAUUCUGUUUUAAUUUUUGCAAAACUUUUUUUUAGAAAAAAUUGAAAUGUUUUGAAAUCACUCAUUCUGAAUAUUUCAAUCAGCCUUGCAACUGUAUGUUGUAUAUUUCUUUAAAUGAAUUGUCAACAUGUUCGAACACUUUUUAGAGUUAGGUUUAUCAACUGACACAUUAUUUUGCACGUUUUCCUGUCAGAAUUAUCAAACUUUGUUCCUGUAUUUGAACUUUAAAAUAAAUGAUGUUACGCGAUUUAAAACCUGUGCUUUUCCCUCUUGCGUUGGGCAAUUAGUUAAAGUGAAUAAGACUGGGGCGGUGAUAAAAAUGGUAGAAUGGUCGGAACUGUUAAAAAUCAUUUUCGGUAUAAUACUGCAACCCCACAAAUACGUCCCUGAAAUGCAAUGACGUGCAAUGCUAACCAGGAAACAUAUCGUGAGGUAUCAAUGGAGUGAAAAGGCGGCAUCAGUUUUUUCAGUAUCGUGCAUGGAAAUUGAAAGUAUCGUCGAAUUUAGUACAAUAAACGUGUUGCAAUUUUCGCGUAUCAGGGAGUUUUGCCACGAUUUCAACAUCGGUAAUUUCAUGAACCGUGGAAUUCCAGUGGUGUUUGAGUCCCUGGUAUUUCACGUACCAUGGAAUUUCGGGGAAGUGAAAACACUCGAAACUUCACGUAUCGUGGAAUUUCAUCGCAUUCUACGGAAUACAAUCUUCACGUGUCGUGAACGUUUGGAUUAUAAAUUAGGAUAACACAAUCCGUAGCGUGGAAUUUUAGUGAAAAUGAAAGGCAAAAAUUGUAGCGUUCGUCAACGGCCCACUCCGUGAUUCUCGGCAAAUCUAGAAAAAUAAGGACGUUUACGGGUCUUGACACGCCGCGUUUCAAUGACGUGUCCGGAUAUCGGAUAUUCCAUGCCGCGGAAAAAGUUCGAUUCAGGAAAAAUACGGGUCCUGAUACUCAAUGUAUACGCUGCGUGUCCGGAACCCGAUACCUCUCCAUACUUCCGUUUUUCUCAAGAAUACGGGUUCGUAUCGACUAAUAUCGGGACCAUGACACAACUCAUUUCACACAGGGCCUAGGAAUACAAUUCCAGGAAAGUUCGCCUACAUUUCAAAGAGUAAGUGGGUAAGAAUAAUCGCGAUAAAGACUGAAUGAACGCAAAUUCACUUUUUGUUGGCUACGUCCCUCGUUGCCGUCGCGCGGCUGGAUCUUAAAGUCCCUAGUAAGAACUCAAAGCUUCCCACGCGCUUUUGUUAACACGAAGACGUCUUUCGAAACUGCUUUAGCGUAGAGAAUGCCUUUGUUUUAUUUGAAACAGGUCCUCUACGACUGUGAUUUUCCUUGCUCUUAUAGUAGUUGUUGCUUUUGUGCUAAUAGGUAGAGGCAAUGUUUGUCCUAUUGUUCUCUCGUAGGAUCACGCAAGUCAUAAAUGUAAAAAACUCAAGUUUCAAACUGAUUUGAUUUUACAUCAAACAUGUUUCUUUUCCAGGUCCAUAAAGUUAACAUCUUCCUUGAGCAUGAUCAGGACUACACUUUCGUUAAGGCUCUGAACUUGGUUGGUGACAGCAAACUUGUCUUCCAUCCCUUCGGCCUUGGUAGGUUUUGGACAUACAAAGAUGCAAUAGGCUUUGCCUCGAGUCAUCUACUUCACAAAAACGUAAUGAUCCUUCAUGCAGACAUCUAUGUUCACCAAGGAUUCGAGCAUCUGGAUGAGACAAUUUUAAGCAAUAAAACAAUGUAUUUUUUAACAAGGCAUUCGACGCAAAGAAACGGUUCUCUCUGCCCUCACGAAGCAAACGAGGGUACGUGUGAUCCGAAAUCACGUUACGUAGGUUCUCAUGACGCUCUUCUGUUUAGGCUACUUAAACCAGUCAGCAGUGAAGUACUAAACAAGAUUGACUAUAGAGGAAACCUUUAUGGGAUUGAGCAGGUUUUAAUGUUUUACCUAAAAGCAUAUGAAGGGUUUAAAUUUAAGAAUCCUUGCAAAAUCCUUCAGAUUGUUCACCGUCAUCGUAUGAAAUCGGCUGACCAGAAUCACUCUAGUCUUUUCCAAGGGCAAAGAAUUGAUAAUUAUUUCAAGCUGUCCUAUAGGCAUAGACCCGGAAAACUUAUUUACGCACCAUUUUCUGAUUUCUAA